GCGCUGGGAACAACUGGGGCAGCGGCUAUGCACAAGCAGCAAAAGUAGAAGAGGAGUUGUUGGAGAUGAUUGACAGAGAGGCAGACGGCAGCGAAAGCCUCGAGGGUUUUGUCCUCUGCCACUCCAUUGCUGGAGGAACGGGUUCCGGCAUGGGUUCUUAUUUAUUGGAGUUGUUGGGGGACCGCUACGGGUCGAAGUUGGUGCAGACAUUUUCGGUGUUUCCUGUGCUAGGAGACGCCGCAAGCGACGUAGUUGUGCAGCCUUAUAACUCUGUCUUAACAUUAAAACGCCUCUGUCUCCAAGCAGAUGCUGUUGUAGUAUUAGAUAAUCAUGCAGUGCACAGAGUAGCAACGGAGAGGCUGAGGCUUCCAAACCCCAGCUUCCAGCAAACCAACGCUCUGAUCUCCACCGUGAUGGCCGCAUGCACGGCGACGCUGCGGUACCCGUCUUCUCUGUCUUCGAGUUUGUUAUCUUUGUUGUCUUGCCUGGUGCCCGUGCCUCGCUGCCACUACCUGAUGUGCGGAUACACCCCAAUCACCCUUGAGCGCUGCGUCUCAGCGGUGCAAAAGACAACCGUCAUGGAUAUCAUGCGCCGUCUCACCCAAUCCAAAAACAUUAUGGUCUCCACUUCUCUCCGACGGGGUCUAUACAUGUCGCUCUUAAACGUGAUCCGCGGAGAGGCAGAUCCAAUGCAGGUCCACAAGAGUUUGCAGCGCAUCCGUGAGCGGCAGUUGCUGCAGUUUAUUCGCUGGGCCCCGGCCUCACCCCAAGUUGUGUUGGCGCGGGCGUCGCCGUUUAAUCCUCAGAAACACAAAUGCGCCGGCUUGAUGCUGGCAAACCACACGGCAAUCACAAGUCUUUUUGAGCGGUGUGUCGUUCAGUACGACCGUCUCUUCAAACGCAAGGCCUUCCUUGACAACUACAAACGGCAACCAAUGUUCAGCAGCCCGGACGGCCUUGGAGACUUCUCAGAGAUGGAAGACUCCAAGGAGCACGUGUUGAGCCUGGUAGAGGAAUAUCGACAGGCUGAGACGGAUGAUUUCCUUAGUUUUGGAGGUUCAUGCCCUAUCUGA